AAAACAAGAGAGUCAAACUUUAUAUUUUAUGAUCCAAUUCUUGUUGUGCUCACAUUCUUUUCUUCUUUCUUGCUUCCAAACUUUGUCUUCCCUCUUGUCAUCUUUCUUCACCACUUGAAUCCCCCUCACCCUUUAUCUCUACAAUCUAUACUCACAUUUUUUAGUGUGCUUCACAAUGGUGACAAGAACAGUACAAGUUGGGCAUGUUUCAGAUCUAGCCACUGAAAGAGAAAUUCAUGAGUUCUUCUCUUUUUCUGGGGAGAUUGAGCAUAUUGAAAUUCGAAAUGAUUCCAGACCAAAGAUUGCAUUUGUCACUUUUAAAGAUCCUCAGGCUCUCGAAAUUGCAUUACUUUUGUCGGGAGCAACCAUUGUAGACCAGAUUGUUAGUAUAACUCCUGCAGAAAACUAUGUCCGCCAGUUUGUGGUUCAGGGUGAAAGUAUAACCGACGACAACAUGAGAGGGGGAGAUGCAUCACCGCAUGCUGAGAACCAAACUACUUCGCCGAGCAGUGGAAGAGUUUAUGUUAGUAAAGCUCAAGAUGUUGUAUCAAGUAUGUUGGCAAAGGGCUCUGCUCUUAGGCAAGAUGCCAUGAAUAAGGCUAGAGCAUUUGAUGAAAAGCAUCAGCUAAGAGCCAAUGCUUCAGCUAGAGUCAAUUCCUUUGACAAGAGAGUCGGGCUUACACAGAAAUUUUCUGUUGGGAUCUCGGUAGUGAACGAGAAAGUGAAGUCUGUAGAUCAAAGGCUUCAAGUGUCUGAUAAAACAAUGGCGGCACUAAUGGCAGCAGAGAGAAAACUAAACAACACAGGAACAGCUGUCAAGUCAAGCCGGUAUGUGACUGCUGGAACUAGUUGGCUGAAUGGUACCUUUGGUAAAGUGGCAAAGGCAGGGCAAGUUGCUGGUACAAAAACUAGAGCAAAAUGGAGUAUGGCGUUAUCGAAUUUGACUGCUAAGGAUCCUCCAAUUGCUGCUUAGGCUAUGGUGUAAAGUGAUGAGAAAUCAAUCUUCUGAUAGUGUAACCAGUCCACUAUUUCUAUCAAUUCUUCAUAUGAUUUGCUGGCUUGAACUUUGAAAUCUAGGGUUGCAGUCUCAGCGUGGCAAUGUCGAUCAUAUUUUGUAUGUUUCCAGUUUCUCCCAAUGUAACCUCCCUUUUUUGACGCACAUAUGUUCUGUUCAGUUUUUUAUUUCAAUUUUUAAUUAUAUUUAUAUCAGGUGAAAUUUGCCCUUGGGCGUGUAAUCUUUUAGUGUGUAGUACAAGAGUGAGUGUGGAUUUUACUACUCAUUUCAUA